AUUGCCAAUUUGUUCCAUAUAUGUACAUGCAUAUUUUCUGAAAAUCCAACUUAACCCUUCUUUCUAUUAACCCUUCAAUUACUGUCUGUCUCUGUAUCCAUUCGCAGAACCCUUCGUUCUGUUUUACUGCAACCCAAACGAAGGAGCGGAAAGACAAAACAGCUGCUGUCGAGGAGUGCUAACCGGCGGCGACUCAGCUUCGGAGGGUAGGAAAUUUGCAGGCUGCAGCAAAAACUCUGCUCCGGAGAGCAUUAGCGAGCAGCAAAAACUCUCCGGCAGGGAAGAAAAGCGGGACAAUGACGGCAGCGGCAGUGGCGAGAAACGACGGCGAGUAACGCCGACGAUGAUAAGCGACGACAAAGGUGGUUUUGACCACGAGGAAAGAUGACAACAGAGUUGGCCUGCGAAAAUCUCGCCGGCGACGGACGAUGGGAGAUGCGAGGGUUCUGGUGAAUUUCUUUGGUUUUCGAUUUGUGGUUGAGGGGAAGGAAACAGUGGUUUUCUGAUGAAUGAAUGAAGCCUGAAGGUACUAUUCAGAAUGAAGCCAUGUCGGAAUUGUUGAAUCAAUUCGAAUACAUUCUCGAUUCCGAUCCCCUCAUCAACGAAGUAGGGUUCAUUCACCCUUCGCAAUUUGCGACAUUGGAGAAAGAUCCUGAAGCUGGUAGCUCACGAUCGGAAGCCUCGGAUGCGCUGGAUGGUGGAGAUGGGAGCUUCUGGAUUCGAGAUCACAAACUGGGCAUUUCUUCGGAGGUUGUUCUCCGGUUGUACAAGGCUGCCAGAGAACAAUUCAUGAAUGCAAUUGCAGAAUACAAGAAACUCGGCGACCUAUCUCUUCCUUCUGCUGAAGCUCUAGGAAUUGUGGUUAUGAAAUGCAGCAAAGCACUUGUGUUGUUAAGCCCUGAUUUCGGGGCUGCUUGGAAUUCCAGAAAGUUAAUCGUAUCGAAGAAGACACAAGCGUCAAUGUUCACUGACGAGCUCCGCUUGUCUGCCCUUGUCCUUUCGUAUUCACCCAAGAGCGAGCAAGCAUGGAGCCAUAGGAGGUGGGUGAUCAAGAAUAUGGCCAGAAAUCGUACAACUUUGCAAGAGAUUCUGAGGGAAGAAUCUGACCUGGUGGAGAAGAUAGCAGAGAGAUCAAAGAUGAACUAUCGUGCAUGGAAUCAUCGCUGCUGGUUGGUUUCUUACAUGGAUAGAGAACAGGUGAUACAGGAACUGAAGCAAUCCAAAACGUGGGCUGGGUUACAUGUUGCUGAUCAUUCUUGCUUUCAUUAUCGCAUGCGGCUAAUCAUCAGAAUUUUAGAGGAUUGCUGCCGUAAGCAAGAAGAGGGGUCUUGUGAUUCUUGUGUUGAAGUUUAUCUGAUCUGGCAGGAGGAGCUUGACUGGAAUGAAGAAUUAAUAAAGCGUUAUUUAGGAAGGGAGGCUCUAUGGCUCUACCGUCGCUUUCUCUCCUUAUUAUGGAUAAGGCAUUUCACAAGUGAUGUCAACGACGUGUCUUCCCCACAAAAAAGCCAAUCUAGCAUCCAAGUGAACGUCAGUGUGUUUUUGGAUAAGGAGUUGCUCCUCGUCAAUUCAUGCUCGGAAGGAAGUGAUGAUGAGUUUGAAGAUUUUGAAGAACAAGCAAUUUGUUCAGCAUCUUACAUGUUAUGGUUGACAAAGCAAAUCCCUGAAACCCAGAAGUUAGAACUGAGGGAGAAGAUAGAGAAUGAGCGCCUGGACGCCAUGUUGAAGUUGGUGUCCCUGAGAGGUCCUCCAUUUGGGGCUAUCUAAGAUUAGUGAGUCUAUUUGGCUGCCAUGUACGCUGGAAGUGGAUGGUAUUAAUUUGUUGGACGAAUUGUCAUUGAAUUGAACCGUGUAAAGGUAACAAACUACAGUAACAAAUAACUGAAUAGUUGUCCACUUAAAAAUGAUCAUGAUUUCGCUCGUCUUUGUUUUGUCAAAAGACUCAAAACAUGAAUGGGCGGCGUUGCAGUUACAGAUGGAAGAAUUUAUGUUACCCUGAGUCCCAUUCCUUUUCGCGUGGUAAGUACAAGGCCCAGCCCAGCAAAGCAGAACAUGAGUCGAACACUGCAGUUUUGGGGGAUGACGGGAAGGGUAUGUGCUUCAGCAAUGUUCCCAUGCUCAAUCUCUUCUUCGACCUUUCAUACGUACGUACGGGCACGGCUGUAUUUAUUGAGAGAGUUACAAUUUACAAACGAACGCAAAGCUCUCUGACAGGCUGACAGACAACGUA